UGGAAGGUGAAGCUCUUGAACUGAAGAACUCCAGUUUCUGUCAUUCUGCUUGCUUCAGCUGUCACAAUGGCUAAUUCCCAUGGACAUCAGCCAACCCAGCACUCUUUCACCAUCGCUCUCCCUCACACGCACAUGUCCCCGGAGUGCCUCUCCUCCUGGGAUCCCAGCCCUCUGAAGAGCAGCAAGGGCGCACCCCUAUCGCACACUGCUUUGGGAGACUGUCAUUGACUCCAUCCUCGACUUCAACCAGCCUCCUCACCUGCAUGCAGCUCCCCGACACGCCUGAGCGAGGCCGUCUGCUGCUCUGGAAAGUUCCCCCUGAAAGCCUCAGAUAACAGGGAGCUGCAUUAGGUUUGCGGCGAGGGAGGAGGUGCUGCAGGAGGGGGCGGAGGCCUGGGUUUCGAGGAGGUGGAAGAAGAGGAGGAGAGCGCAGUGUGGACCAUGCGCCCUUCACAGGCGUGGUCCUGUCUCCUGUGUCUGACUUUGUCUGUCAGCAUGGUACCAUCUCAGGCUGAAGAGUGUCGCACCGCGCUGUCAGCAGACAUCGUGUUCCUGCUGGCUGAGUCCUGGACCACAGGGCCCAGUGGCCUUCAUGCCAUCAAAGACUUCAUCAUGGACAUCAUGAAGUCCUUUCAGAAACUCACCAUGGGUCAGGAGGGCAUCCGCUUCGGAGUCACUGUCUAUGGUGAUGUUCCCAGGAUGAAGAUAGCUCUGACCGAUUACAACACCCUGGAAGAGGUGUUGGGCGCUGUGAGGGACCUGCGUUACGAAGGUGGUGGCGGUCAUCUGGGGAAGGCCCUGGACUUCCUGGUAGAGUCCACCUUUGGAUCUGCCAUCGUGCGGGACGAUGCCCCAAAGAUCGUCGUCCUGGUAACAGACAGGAUGUCAUCUGACCCAGUGGGCACCGCGGCCCAGGCCUUGUCCUACAGUGGAAUAACGCUAUACGCCGUGGGGGUGGGUGAGGCUGUCCGGACCGAGCUGAGGACCAUCGUGACGGAGCCUGCUGAGGAGCAUCUGAUGUUCAGUGAGGACUUUACACGCCUUGGCAACCUCGUGCCCAAGAUCUCCCGCCGCAUCUGCUUCACAGCCUCAGAGCCCCCCCGGCCCAUCAGAGAGAGCUCGCCAGAGAGUCGACACACGAUGGGCCCCCGGGACCUGGCUGUGACUGAGCUAAGCUACAGCUCCCUGCGGCUGACGUGGACCCCCGCCACAGGGGGAGUGCAGGCCCAUCGGCUGCUGGUCACCCCCCUGACAGCCGCAGGCCAGCCGCUGCUGAAGCUGCAGAAACAAAUCGAGCUGCAGGCCGACGUGUGGAGCACCCUGCUCUCCGGCCUGCAGCCCAGCACCCGCUACUCUCUCAUCAUCUCCGCCGUCUAUCCGGACCGCACUGGGGACUCCGCCACCGUCACUGUGGAGACCACCACCGUGCCCCCGGUGGCCAACUUCCGCAUCAUCGAAGAGGGACUUUCCAGCCUGCGCCUGGCCUGGGCCGUGCCACUCGGGAAACCAGAUGGAUAUAAGAUCUUCAUCCCGCGCUCGACCCGUCCCGGCCUGACGUAUGAGCGGCAGCUGGAUGGAGACGUCUCGUCGCAUGUGAUCGAGGGCCUGGAGGAGGACGAGGCGUACACCGUCAGCAUAUACGCCAUGUACCCCCAGAGCCUCAGCGAGACGGCAUCUGCGAUGGGCAGGACACUGAAACUGGUGCCCGUUAAGCAGCUCCAGGUACAGAAUGCCACCACAGACACCGUCCAGGCCAGGUGGGCGGCGGUGAGAGGUGCAACGGGAUACAGACUGACCUGGUCUUCCUCAGACGGCCAUGUUGAGAAUGUGAACCUUGGGGAGACCUACAGCUUCUACAUGAUACAGGGCCUUCACCCUGGCACAGAGUACACUGUAACCAUCAACCCCAUCUUCGUGGACGUGGAAGGUCCCGUCACUGCCGCCACAGCCAAGACACUGGAGAGCAGUGCAGUGCAGACUCUGAAGGCAUCUGCUGUCACCACCAACAGUGCCACAAUCUCCUGGAACUCCGUCCCCGGUGCCACUGGGUACCGCCUGGCUUGGGGACCCACGUCAGAGUUCUUGGGUCGGGAUCGACCCAGGCAGCUGGCUCUGAACAGCAGCACCACCAUGCAGACACUGAAGAACCUGGUCCAUGACACAGAAUAUGUGCUGUCUCUCUACGUGCUGUUUGGGUCGGUACUGGGCCCUGGGAUCACAGCCACCUUCCGUACCUCUCCUCUUGGCUACGUCUCCAACUUCAGGAUAACAUCCUAUACCAGCAGCUCCAUGAGUGUGGAGUGGAGUCCCAUCGUAGGAGCUACAGAGUACAAACUCACCUGGAGCUCCCGGAAAGGUGGCACUAUCGAGACGCAGAACCGGUAUCUGGACCACAGCAUCCUGUUCUACCGCAUUGAUGCGCUGGACCCAGCAACACCAUACACUGUCAGUAUCCGUGCGAUGUAUGGCAACACGGAGGGGCCAGAGAUGUCGCUGUCUCAGCAUACAGCUUCCCUCACAGAUGAGGAACCGAUCCAGAUGGUGAAGGAGGUGAAGGUGAUAGAUGUGGGUGUCAAUUCCUUUGGGCUUGCUUGGAAAAAGGGCCCGACUGUUACAGGCUACAAGAUCUCCUGGAUCCCCUUCCUCGGUGGCAUUCAGAAGACCCAACUAGUUCCUCCCGCCAGCUCCUCUUUCACCAUUUCGGGCCUGCAGGCAGGUUCUGCCUACAAGAUCCAGGUGUCAGCUGUGGCUGGUUCCAAAGAGGGCAGCCCCAUCCUGCUCACAGCUCGCACCUUGGAUCUCCCCAAGGUGACGGAGUUCCAGCUGGUGGAGGCCCCCGACAGCGGCAUGCUGUUGAACUGGACCAGCAUCCCCGGGGCUUCUGGGUACCUGCUGUCCUGGAGACUCAUGUCAGAGCUGAACUCCACCAGUGAGAAUCUUGGGCCAUCCGUUACUUCAUAUAAAAUCAGCAGCCUGCAACAUGGCAGGACCUACAUAUUCGCAAUCCGACCCCUCUAUGGAGGAGUGGAAGGGCCCGUGACCUCACUUCGUCAGAGGAUAUUGAUGGUGGACCCACCUGCAGGGCCAGUCCACGUUGCACGUGCCCCUGCUGCCUCAGAGAUUGUCACAACCUCACAGCCUGUCACUAAAAAAGCACUUGUUCCUGACGCCAAAGCGACCCAUGGCUCAGACACCCAGAAGGCAUACAGAAAACCCAACCUGUUCACGGCCAAAGAGGUGGCAGUGCUUACGAACAGGGACACUUCCCCAGCAGGGAGGACGACUACAACGACGGCCACGCCGUCUGGCCCCAUCUGUGGUCAGGUCAAAGCUGACAUCGUUUUCCUGGUGGAUGAGUCUUCGAGUAUUGGGUCCGGCAACUUUGCCAAGCUGAAGGACUUCCUGUUCCGUGUGGUGACAUACUUCCCUGUCAUCGGUCCCCUGGGAACGCAGGUGGCCGUGGUCCAUUACAGUGACGAGCCCCGGAUCGAGUUCCACUUGAAUGACUUCAGGGACCGCAGUUCCAUCCUGAGAGCUCUGAGGGGGGUGCGCUACGGGGGAGGCAACACCAAAACAGGACGGGGCAUCAGCUAUGUGCUGAAGGAGCUGUUCCAGGAGUCGCUGGGCAUGAGGCAGGAUGUGGCUCAUGUGCUGGUGCUGAUCACGGAUGGCAGAGCCCAGGAUGACGUAGAGCUGCCCUCACGGGUGGCCCGUGCCCUCGGCGUCAGUGUCUUGGCCUUAGGUGUGGCCAGAGCAGACAUGGAGGAGCUGAGGAAGAUUGCCCUUCCCACCACCUACAAGAACCUCUUCUAUGCUGAAACCUUUGAAGACAUUGCCUCCAUGGAGCGGGAGUUCAUCAGCAGCCUUUGCAGUCAGGCAUUGCAGCUGGAGUACAAACUGCAGGAUGAGUCCACACAGCUGGACACACCCACUGAUUACCCAGAGUCCCUUGCCAAGCCCCAGGGUCCCUGCCCCUCCCAGUGUAUGAAGGGUCAGAAGGGUGAAAAGGGUGACGCUUUCUCCUCCGGCGGCCUGAGGCCACAGCAGCCGGCUGUAGAGUACAAUCCCUACGGCAUCAAUACCAAAGGCGAGAAGGGAGAGAGGGGACUCCCCGGAACAGAUGGUGUCCCAGGGUUGCCAGGGCGACCAGGAAGAACUGGGCCUCCUGGUUCAGCGGGACAAAGGGGCCCCCCUGGUGUUCCUGGGGACAUGGGCGCACCUGGAGCAUCGGGAGCGAAAGGCCAGCGGGGCGAGAGGGGGGAGCCGGGGUACGUGCUGGGGGGGGGUGAGGUGCUCCCUGGCAGGAAGGGCGAACCCGGCGUGUCUGGUCCCCAAGGAGCCCCAGGAGUCCCUGGGAUACCUGGACCUCCAGGGGUGUCAGGUCUCCCUGGAUCACCAGGACCUUCAGGAAUCUCAGUGAAGGGUGAUCGAGGAGAAUCAGGCCCUCAGGGCUUACGAGGCAAGGCUGGUGCUAGAGGAGAUAAGGGAGAGGACGGCAGAGACGGUCAGCCAGGGUUACAUGGACCAAUAGGCAUCGAUGGCCUUCCAGGGUUGCUAGGGCAGAAGGGGGAGAAGGGAGAGCAGGGGGUGGGCAUUCCGGGUGCCCAGGGCCCGCGGGGAGAGCCAGGGGAGAAGGGAAGUCUUGGUCUGCAAGGCCAAGCUGGGCCAGCGGGGUCCAUGGGGAACCAAGGAAUGCAAGGGAUUGUGGGUCCUCGGGGAAAAAGGGGAUUGAAAGGAGAGCUUGGGGAAAAGGGUGCCAGAGGAGAGGUAGGACCUGCCGGUCCACAGGGGGCAUUGGGAGUCCCGGGCCCAGAAGGACACAAGGGCAGCAAGGGAGAACACGGAGCUCCUGGGGAACCAGCCAGAGGGAUCCUUGGACCUCCUGGGAUGAAGGGUGUCCGGGGUGACAUUGGACCAGUGGGACCCGCUGGAGAACAGGGCACCAAGGGGGACCAGGGAGAGAAAGGGGAGAUGGGAAGUCCAGGCUUCGGGAUUCCUGGAGUGCAGGGACCAAAAGGAGAGAGCGGUGAGAGGGGAAAUGUAGGCUUGUCUGGAAGACCGGGACCCAAGGGCCAUGAUGGAGUCAAAGGAGAAAAGGGAGAUAUGGGUCCACCAGGAAGCCCUGGAGCGUCUGGACUAAGAGGUAAAGAUGGUGAACCUGCACCCAAGGGAGAGCCAGGUGCCAAGGGAGAGAUGGGCCCCACCGGUGAGCCAGGGGACAGAGGAGUGAAGGGUCCAAUCGGCCUGCCCGGACGCAUCGGUGACCUGGGAGAAAAGGGGGAUCCUGGGAAAAUCGGUCUUCCGGGCGCAGAGGGACCCAAGGGCGAGAAAGGCGACCCUGGAAGUCCUGGCUUGCCAGGUCCCUCUAAGGGUGAGCGUGGAGAUCCUGGCCUGCCAGGCCUCAGAGGAGAGAGCGGCCUUCCGGGGCCCAGAGGCCCUGAGGGGAAGCCGGGGCCCCCAGGACAUGUGUUGCAGGGCGGCGAUAUUGCCUUGGGACAUGAUGGCCUAACCGGAACACCGGGCCAGCCGGGCCCCAGGGGUGACCCGGGGAAGAAGGGAGUGCCAGGCCUGAAAGGAGAAAAAGGAGACCCCGGCCGUCUUGGCAUAGAAGGGAUACCAGGCCUACCCGGAACCCCGGGCCGCCCCGGUGUGGACGGAAAGAGAGGAAUCCCCGGGAAGGAUGGUGAACCGGGACCGCGAGGUGCCGCUGGAGAAAAGGGUGAGAAGGGAGAACCAGCCGCGGAGGGAAAGGAGGGCAGAAAAGGGGAGCCUGGACCUCCUGGCCUCCCCGGGACUCCCGCACUGAAUGUCACCCUUGAUGACCUGAGGCAGGCCUUUCCUCUGUCCAUGGGGCCUCCAGGGAAAACCGGCGAGAGAGGAGAUAAGGGUUCAAAGGGGGAGAAGGGUGAUGCUGGCCCCCCAGGAAGAGCUAUAGACAUGAAGGAUAUUGAAGCACUCUUCGAAGCUUACGGCAUCAGGCUCCCCCUGCUGAAGGCCCUGAUUGAGCGCUUGCUGCAGGGCGGCUUGGAGGAGCUACUGCGAGAGAUGAAUCUCAGCAAGAACUUGAAUGAGGAUGGGGAGCACAACUCCAACCUCAUCACCCAAAACACGACUUCUAUGAAGUCUGAGGUCUCCAGCAAACCACAGACCACGACCGAAGCCAUUGGGAGGACCUCCAAGGGAGAAGAUCAUCUUCUUAUGACGCACAAUGCGGAGAGGCAGGAAGAAACGGGGGAGGGCCCCACACCAGGAGGUAUCACUGCUCACAAGGAGAGCAAGUCUGGAAGGAACCACACACACACAGAUACUGAGAGCAUAGUGGGUGGAACCACAGAGGAAGACAACUACAUCAUGACUCUCCCUCCCAAGCUGGGGCUGAGGCUGUCAGACCUGAAGGCUCCGGCAAGGACGGAUACCUCCAGAGAUCCAGAACCAGAGAUGGAGACCCUCCAGCUGGGUCAGGAGGACCUGCCGAGGAAGACAUUGACGGACAGGAAGAAGGGCAAGGAGAAAGCGAAGGGGAAAGGAAACAAAGGAAGGCAACGGCGGCAGAAGAAGUGCCUGGGGGGCAAGGAGGAGUGCCAGGAGGAGGAUUAUGAUUACAUUGAUGAUUACGAGGAUGAGCCUGAGGGUGCCACAUUCUCACCGGAGGCAGAAGGGGACUCCGUAUCAACUGAACUCACAAUCCAGUCACCGGUAGCCAGGGCCGGCUUCACCACUGCCAGUCAUCUGCAUUCACAACCAGCAGGAGAGGAGCAGGAUGAUAAGAUUCAGGAGGGAAGGGGAGAGCAGGGUGGCACAGUCAGUGAAGGAGGGCCCAAGAUGGCUGCGCGCAUACGGAGGACAGCCCCCCAGCAGGACUCUGUUGGUCACAUGCCUGGGACUCAAGUGGGAAAACAGGCAUCCCGACACAAGAAGAAAGCACAGCAGUCACGAUCUGGGACUGGUGGACGAAAGAGGCUCAAUAAAAAGAAGCAGGAGAGCAAGGCCCCCGAGAUUGAGACUGACCUUAGGGCUCAGGAAGAAGCAGGCAGAGACAGGGGGACGGAGACGGAGGCGGAGGCACACUGGACAGAAGAGCAGAGGAAUUUGGUAGCAGAGAAUGAUGCAGACACAGCGGAGAUGGACAAAGAUGAAGAACACAAGCCGGAGAGAGAGAAGAUGGAAGAGACUGACAGACUGGAGAUGGAGGGAGAAUGGAUGGAGAUGGACAAGGAGAGAGUGAGGGAAGGAUUAGAGAUAGAGAGAGAAACAGAGGUGGAGAAUGAGAGAGAGAGGGAAUGGUUAGAGGUAGAGAGGGAACGAGAGAGGGAAGAAGAGCUGGAAAUAGAGAGAGAGAGAAUAGAGGGAGAGAGAGAGGAUCUGGAAAUGGAAAAUGAGAGGUUGGAGAGAGAGAGGGAGAUGAUGGAGUGGCAGAGAAGAAGAGGUUAUGGCAGAGAGUAUGAUUAUCUGAAGGGUGUGCCAGGUGAAAAUGGACUCCCGGGGGAAAAGGGAGAAGUUGGUGAAAAGGGACAAAAGGGGGAGCCGGGAACGGGUCACCGUGGUCCAGCUGGACAGGCCGGCCCUCCUGGGCAAAAGGGAGAACCUGGAGAACCAGGACCCCCCGGAGCUCAGGGAAUCCAGGGGAUCGGCGGUAACCCUGGCAUCUCGGGGAUGCAGGGCCUGAGGGGUCAGCCGGGUGACCCGGGGAAGCCUGGGGCCGAAGGUGAUCGAGGAAGGCGGGGCAAGAAUGGAUCACCUGGACCUCCAGGUGCACGAGGCUCACCGGGGACACAGGGCUCACCAGGUACUCCAGGGAUGAGAGGUGUCAAGGGUGAGAGUGUCCCUGGGGAGCCAGGAGACAGGGGCGUAGUGGGUCUCCCAGGCCGCAAGGGUGAGAAAGGUGCUCCUGGUGCCAGGGCAGCCCCAGGACAUACAGGUGCCAAAGGCUUUGCCGGUACCAAGGGGGCAAAGGGUGACCGUGGCCUGGCUGGGAUCAAAGGUGAAAAGGGGAGUCCGCUGAUGAUGGCAGGACCCCAAGGUUACACAGGCCACAAGGGGGCAGUGGGGGACAGAGGACCCCCAGGCUUUGAUGGGGACAAAGGGGAGAAGGGUGAGGAUGGACCCCCAGGUAUAAAGGGACUAAAGGGAGAUCCUGGAGCCAAAGGAGCAUUGGGACCAUUUGGGGCCCGGGGACCGGUUGGCCAGAAGGGGGACUCCGGCGAGCCUGGUGUUGAUGGCGAACCAGGCCACAGUGGCAGUGACGGAUUGAAUGGAGUCAAGGGCAGCAAAGGAGACAGAGGCCCACAAGGCCAAAAAGGAGACCAGGGAGAUUCAGGGGAGCCUGGCCAGCCUGGUGACACAGGGGAAGAAGGAGAGAAGGGGUUCCGUGGCCUUCUGGGCCGGCCGGGUGCUGCUGGCCUAGAUGGGGAGCAGGGGAUUUCAGGCCUCCCAGGCACUCCAGGGGCCCCCGGCCUCAGCGGCCUUCCUGGGCUGAAGGGCGACCAGGGCGACAGUGGUGUGAACGGCACGGACGGGGAGCCAGGUCAAAAAGGUCAAAAGGGUGCCACUGGGUUUCCGGGUUUCUCUGGACUCAAAGGCUCUGCAGGUGCAGCAGGCAAAGAUGGAGCCCCAGGUGCUCCUGGCCCGGCUGGACCCAAAGGAGACCUCGGACCUAAGGGAGAGCGGGGCCGCCGUGGCAGAGGGAAGCCAUGUGUAAGGGGCCCACUAGGGGCCCCAGGACCGACAGGAGCUGAUGGCAUGCUGGGAGCAGAAGGACGUAAGGGGGACAAAGGGGACCCGGGACUCACGGUAAAGGAGGUCAAGGAUCUGGUGACCCAGGAAGUGACUGAGAUGUGUGGUAAAGAGAACCUGGUGUCAGCAAACUAUGUGGACCCCAAUGCAGAGAUACCUGGGAUGAGUGAAGAUGAGGAGAGGAAACAUGAUCAUGCCUUCAGUGUUUCUGAGAAAGAAAGAAGUCUUGAUGAGAAUCAAGAAGAGAUGCUUCUCAUCCCCAAUCCAGAGCUAAGGGCAUUCUACAACUUCUCAAGCACUGAGAGUGAUGUCGGGCACAAGCGGCUGAAGCGACAGCGUGGGGCCCCCGCAGAUCUGACCUCCGACCCCUGCCAGGCGCCCAUGUGUGAGGGGUCAUGCACAGAGUACCAUCUGCUUUGGUAUCAUCACGCAGGCUCGGGGGAGUGCCGGCCGUUUGUCUACGGGGGCUGUGGUGGGACCCGCAACCGAUUCUCCACCAAGCUGGAAUGCGAGAAGCGGUGUGGGGGGGGUGGAGAUGACCACAGGACAGGAACCAGCAGAGGAGAAGAAGCCAGUCAGGGAGAGGUGAUGACCCAGCAGCAGCUGUAGGCCUUUUGCCGCUGGUUUUCAUUGUUAGAUAAGGGGGCUGAACCAUAUGGGACGUGAUUAGCUUAAAAGUGGUGGCUUGUCAGUACCACUAGUGGCCAGUGUGAGAACUGUCAGACAGUGGUGUCAACUUAUAUCCUGUGAACUAUGAGUGUCACCGAUGCCAUAAACAGUGUUAUUUGCCCCCUUAUGUGAAGGUACAACACAAACUGGCCAUUAAACAACACAAAGCAUUCUGAUUUCCAUAGAAUAACAGGUUAUAUUUGUGUUAUUUGCCAUCAUGGAACUGUUUUAAAGGUUAUGAAAAUAACCAAACUCACUAUUUGAGUGUUUUUUUAGCCAGAACUGUCUUGUUUGAAAAGAUUUGUAAAACCAUGAAAUAUAAAGUGAUUUUGUACCUUUUAAAAAUAAUGUAUUUUUAAAGAUAU